CGAGGACCCUCAGCAGCUCCACUGUCCCCGUUUGGCCCCUGGAGCCAUCGGCUCGGGGUGCUCGAGGGUCAACCGUGUAGACGUCAGGGUCGCGGGUUCGAGACGCCCCGCCUCCCGCUGCUACUUAGAGCCGCGGGCAGGAACUUUCCUGCUCCGCUCGGUCUGUGGGCGCCGCUUAGGCUUUUGGAACUUCCCGGCCCGAAACCACCCAGACCUUUCUCCCCCAGGGUUAUUGCUCGCUCACUCUCUCCGGGGCAAGCGACGCCCAGACUUUACACGCGUGUUCGUCCGGGACCCGCCCGCCCCAAGCCGCCCCGCUCGGGCCGGCCCGGGCCAUGGCCGGCUGCUGCUGCCUGUCCGCGGAGGAGAAGGAGUCGCAGCGCAUUAGCGCCGAGAUCGAGCGGCAGCUCCGCCGGGACAAGAAGGACGCGCGCCGGGAGCUGAAGCUGCUGUUGUUGGGAACUGGUGAGAGUGGCAAGAGCACCUUCAUCAAGCAAAUGAGAAUUAUCCAUGGGUCUGGAUACAGUGAUGAAGACCGCAAGGGGUUCACGAAGCUGGUUUACCAAAACAUAUUCACUGCCAUGCAAGCCAUGAUCAGAGCAAUGGACGCGCUGAAGAUUCAGUACAUGUGUGAACAGAAUAAGGAAAAUGCCCAGAUAAUCAAAGAAGUGGACAUUGACAGGGUCUCCAUGCUGUCCAGAGACCAGGUGGAGGCCAUCAAGCAGCUGUGGCAGGAUCCAGGAAUCCAGGAGUGUUACGACAGGAGGAGGGAGUACCAGCUGUCGGACUCCGCCAAGUAUUACCUGACUGACAUUGACCGGAUCGCCAUGCCAUCCUUUGUGCCCACACAGCAAGACGUGCUCCGUGUCCGCGUGCCCACCACUGGCAUCAUUGAGUACCCAUUUGACUUGGAGAACAUCAUCUUCCGGAUGGUGGAUGUUGGUGGGCAGCGAUCAGAGCGACGGAAAUGGAUUCAUUGCUUUGAGAGUGUCACCUCCAUCAUUUUCUUGGUUGCUCUCAGUGAAUAUGACCAGGUCCUGGCUGAGUGUGAUAAUGAGAACCGCAUGGAAGAAAGCAAAGCCUUGUUUAAAACCAUCAUCACCUACCCCUGGUUCUUGAACUCCUCUGUGAUUUUGUUCUUGAACAAGAAGGAUCUUUUGGAAGAGAAAAUCAUGUACUCUCAUCUAAUCAGCUAUUUCCCAGAAUACAAAGGACCAAAGCGGGAUGUCAAAGCUGCUAGAGACUUUAUCCUGAAGCUUUAUCAAGACCAGAAUCCUGACAAAGAGAAAGUCAUCUAUUCCCACUUUACAUGUGCCACAGAUACAGAGAAUAUCCGUUUCGUGUUCACUGCCGUCAAAGACACAAUUCUCCAGCUAAAUCUAAGGGAAUUCAAUUUAGUGUAAAUGCUGCUUCCUGGCCCUCCCCCGUAGCAGAAGGCAUGACGAGCAAGCUCCUCCAUCCAAUUGCAAGUGCUUCAGGUGUCACCUGAGCAGGACAUCACAGAACACUGGGACACUGGGGGGUACUGGAACUUGGAAGAUGUUUUCUGUUACAGAGCCUUUUAGGAGUUUUAAUUCCCAGGGUUUUUUUUUUUUUAGUAGUUCUUUUCUUGCCUUUUGGCUGUAAG